ACAAAUUACUAAACAAUUCCCUAAAUACGUAAUGAGGACAUUAUCAGUGGCGAUAACCGGCGGACCCCUGACUUUGGCCGGACGCGGGCGAUCAGUCACGAUGUGGGCAGCCGUAGUACUCGUCGCGACCCUCGCGCUCGGACACUGCCACGAUGCGACGCAAACACAACUUGCUCACGGCGAGCAAAGGAUGAGCGAGUACAUAAUGCAAGUGCUGGACCACUUCAAGCAGCCGAACCCUGAGGGGUUACCAGGAGCGGAGGUGCCUGACCCCUACAUGGUGCCCAACAUGCAGCAGUCCAUCACAGUUGCAACACUCUACUUCAAGAACACAACCCUGCACGGUCUGAGCAAAUUCAAAAUACUGUACGUGAACGCUGAAAUAUCGUCGAUGAAAGUGGUUGCUGGACUCGCGAUAGAUCACCUGGAAGCAGUAGGCAACUGCACCAUUAGCACUUGGAUAAGUAGAGUGAACAGUCCAUACACAGUUAAUAUAAAGGGCAUAAAAGUAACAGCAACAGCUAAUCUCGGAGUAGAGCGUGAUGGAAAAAUACGAGCACAAGACAUGAACAUUGACAUAGCUUUUAGCAAUAUUGAUAUGAACAUAGCGAACCCUGGAAUGCUGGGAGGACUCAUACAAAACGCCGUGAACACUAUGGGAAGUGUCCUUUUCGAUUCUAUAAAACCGUACGUACUUAAAGAAGCUUACGUAAAGGCCAGAACAGAAAUUAAUAACAAACUAGAUGAGUUCUCCGGGGACAUGGAAUUCCCAAAUUCAAUAUCGCCUUUGGACAUGGUGAUAUCGGACCUCAGGAAGAAAGUGAGAGAAAUGAAUUUCGACCCGUACAAAGUCAACGACUAUAAUACCUCAGCGAGUAUAUUUACCAUGACACUCAGUAACACCUGGCUGACUGGAAUAUCGUCCUUCCAUCGGGUGGGUAACAUUACACUCAUGUUAGUCAACAACACCGUUUUAGCCGACUUCGAAAUUGGAACACAGAAACUUGAGGGCAUGACGCACUGGGAAAUAUCUGCGCUGAACGGCAUCACGUCUCGAGCAGGCAGCACAUCAUUCUCCGUGGAAUAUAUCAGUGGGCGAAUAGUGCUCGGCCAACCACUAGACACGAGAAAAAAACCUGAGUUCAGAGACUUAGAUCUCGACGUUGGGAACAUUCAGGUCCGAUUCGAUGGAGCGGGGACCUUGGACUAUGCCGUUGAAUUCAUCAUUAACAUUUUACCGAAUCUCUUAAGAUAUCAAAUAGUCAAUGCUCUAGAGGGGCCAAUUCAAGAUAAAAUUCAGCAGGAACUAAACAGUAUAAACGUGGAGGAGAUGAUUAUAGAUGAAUUACCAAAGAUAGAUGAGCUCCAAGAAAAUGGAUUUAAGUUGGAUGCUCUAAAGCCGACCGCAUUGAAAGAAGAUAUGUAUGGAGACGAUGAUUUUUUUAAUUUUUAGAUAAUAAAUUUAAGAUAACUUUUAGUAAACUUUUAUUUUUGUGAUUUAAAUAAGAUUUUUCAUAUAGGAAC